AUGGAUUUGUGGGAGAAGCUCGUCCACCCCGUGAAGCGAGCCUUUGUCGCUGGCACCCCCCGCGGCAGGGGAGGGAGGAAGACCGGUGAGUACCCAAAAUCUCCGCCACCACUCCGCCGCUCGCCAUCUCCUCCCCCGCCGCGAACAGUUCCCGGGCUCCGCCCCCUCCGUUUCUCGCUUCCGGCGCGGUCGGUUUCCGUUUUCUUUUCAGUAGAAAUUCCUCGGCAUUCCUUCCCUUCCCUUCGAGCUAUGGGGAAUUCGAGAUUUCUGAGUACUUUCUUGACGGAGGAGGGAGGACCAUCGCCUCCGGCCGUAAUUCCGCCGCGUGAUUGGCGUGAUCGGACUCUGACGCCGGCAGACUGACUUCUCUCCGCCGCCCACUCCGCGUCUUCGCCAUGUGCGCACAUGCAUCGAGAGAAGAAAGAAGUGGGCCCUCCGUCGGCGCUGUUCAGUCAGCGUAGACGUUGAAAACUGGGCAAUUGGCAGGCGUCGGCGCCGGCAUCUCUCUCUGUCUCACUCUUCGGGCAGAUUUUCUACUUUUUGGGAGGAUGAUGAGUUUUAUGUCGGGGCCAUGGACAGGAACGGGGAUGGAGAAGCUCCACGACGACGUGCAAAGCUGCGGGUACGAGGACGUGCAGGUAAUGUGGGAGAUGCUGAGGACGGAGAUGGAGGUCUCGGCGGGCGCAGGCAAACGUAGGCGGCCGUUCGUGCGGCUCGACCGGCUGGGCGGCCCGGCGGGGCAGCCGCCGCACUACUGGCCCGGUGAGGCGCUUACGCCGCCGAGCCUGGCGGAGGACGAAACGGGCGGCGCCUUCUCGUGCAACCGCGAUCCCUCGAAGUAA